GGGAACCCCCCAACUCCAGCUCGCGACUUCCACUACCCCUGAACUUCUCCAAGCUGUGAGGCGAUCAGCGUGUCGUGACCGGGCUGCCUCCGCAAUCUCCGCUUCUUUUAGCUUUUUCUGUCAUCUUGAUUCUUCGAUUCAAUGGCCGGCCGGUUUGUGCGCGUGUCGAAAUAUCGACAUGUCUUUGGAAAGCCUACCAAGAAGGAGUUUUGCUACGACAACCUCCAUAUCAGCCGCAAUGCCUGGGAUACCAACCUGGUGAAGGCGAACCCAGAGUACCUCGCAGUCAAUUGGGAGGCAAGCGGUGGCGGCGCCUUUGCGGUCAUCCCCUUGAACGAGCGCGGCAAGCUUCCCGACCAAAUACCGCUGUUCCGCGGCCACACUGCCGCUGUGCUGGACACAGACUGGAACCCAUUCAACGACCGGAUCAUUGCGUCGGCAUCCGACGAUGGCAAGGUCUUCAUCUGGGAGGUGCCUCAGGGUUUCACCCUCUACACGGAUGCUGAGGAGGUUCCUGCUGUGUCACCCGUCAGCAGGCUGCCUGGCCACUCGAGGAAGGUCGGACACGUUCUCUUUAACCCCGCAGCCGAGCACAUCCUGGCUUCCUCGUCCGGGGACUUGACCCUCAAGCUCUGGGACAUCAGCACUGGGCAGGCUGCCAUCACGCUCAGACACCCGGAGAUCGUGCAGAGUUUGUCGUGGAGCGCCAAUGGCUCCAUGCUAGUUACCACUUCCAGGGACAAGAAACUGCGAGUUUGGGAUGUGCGUCAGGAGAAGCCGGUCCACGAAUAUCCGGGCCACGAAGGCGCCAAGAACAGCCGCGCAGUGUGGAUGGGCGAACACAACCGCAUCGCCACUACUGGUUUCUCGAGAAUGAGCGAGCGCCAAAUCGGUCUAUGGGAGCCCGGCCGGAAAGACCCCAUCGGCGGCUUCAUCUCGAUCGAUUCCAUCUCUGGUGUCUGCAUGCCCUUCUGGGACGAUGGGUCAAACUGUCUCUAUCUUGCGGGCAAAGGCGAUGGCAACAUCCGCUACUACGAGUACGAAAACGACAAGUUCGAGUAUUUGUCCGAGUACAAGUCGGCCGAUCCCCAGCGCGGAAUCGCCUUCCUGCCGCGACGUGGAAUCAACGUCCACGAGAACGAGGUCAUGAGAGCCUACAAGACCGUCAACGACACGUACAUUGAGCCGAUCUCAUUCACCGUACCGCGCCGGGCCGAGACAUUCCAGGCUGAUAUCUACCCUCCGGCCAUCGGCCUCAAGCCAGCCAUGUCUGCCAAGGAAUGGUUGGACGGCAAGACGGCCGUUCCGCCCAAGAUCGAUCUCGAGAGCGUCUACGAGGGCACCGCGCCUGUCGAGGUCCCUGCCGAUUACAAGCCCCCCACCGCUGCGCCAGCUCCUGCGCCCGCCCCCGCCGCAGCCCCGAAGAAGGAACCUGAGCCGGCCCCGGCUCCGGCCCCGGUCCGUGCGCCGGCGACGAUGGCCGACCAGAAGAGCUCUAUCUCCGCCAUGGCCAACAAGUUCAAGGACGACGUGGAGGAAGAGGCGGACGAUGACGCCGAGACGUCGAGCUUCGAGGAGAUCGGCCGGCCGGCGCCUCGCACCACUGUUCCUGUCCGGACUGCUGCGAAGCCGCAGCCCGUGAACACGACCGCGCCGCCUGCGCAAGCAAAGCCCGCGUCGCCGGUCAAAUCCCCACAGGCAACCAGCGCGCCUGUCGCCCGUGCUGCUCCAGCAGCUGCUCCGACAGCUGCUCCGGCGGCCGCCCCUCCAGCUGCUGCCGCGCCGUCUAGCCCGGCCGUGGAGGCAUCGCUGGAGCAGAUCAAGCAGCUCCUCGAGCAGCAGGCCCAGGUCAUCAGCGCCCAGAACGACAAGCUCACGGCGCAGACCCAGAUCAUCACCCGCCUGGCCGCCGAGGUCGAGUCGCUCAAAAAGAGGGUCGGUGCGGGCACGCAGGACCAGAGCGAGCGGAUCCGGCAGCUGGAGCUCGAGCUGGAGGCUGCCAGGUCUUGACGAGCGUGCAGUGGCUGUACUUGGUGGCCAGGACGGAAGAAGAGCCCUGGAGCCGGAGGGCUGCGCGGGGAGGCCGAUGAUGUUUAUGAGCAACGGGCGGGUGUUCCAGGCGCGCUUUGGAGCGUCCCGCGUGUUAUAUGAUAUGGGUUAUACAGGUCGGAAAAUCCGCGUUUGCUUUCCUGGAUAGG